GUCUCUUGCACGCCGGUUAUGCCCUUUCCGAUGCAGACAAGAGGUCGCUUGCCGUUCUGCCGCUGCGUCAAUUCAUGUUGCAGAUAUCUCGACGCUGUCAAGUGAUCUGCGUGCGCGUGCGUUUCGAGAAUCCGAGAGACGAAAUAGUCGUGUUUCGACACAAUCUCAAGCAGGUUGUCGGCAGACUUCGUGCUGAUCGUGCCCGUAUCUUUGUCAUAGUCCAGGACCGUGUCAAUUAGGACGGCUUCCUUCUUGACCGGGUCUGCGACGAUGUACUGCCAAGUAGCAGUAACUGGCUCGAAAAUGGUAUGGACUUUGGGUUCCAUCGCGGAGGGUUGGAAUACACGGCUAACGUAGGAUGUUUGGAAAACAAUGAUGGGAAUGUUCGAAUUUCUGCUUUCGGCGGCGACCCCUUCUUGACUACAUCUUCGAUUAUAUGUGAUCACAACAGGUUUCCAGAGUCCAGACCUGGUAGAAUAGAGCAUUCUAGACGCUAAGAGAUUUAUGGUAAGGAUAUACACAGGGGUCUGCCCCCGAGCCACGCUCUCUCGGGGUCCACUCAGUCAAGUCGCCGAUUAAGUUUGGCCAUUUCUGUAGCUUGUAGUCCCAGGCUCAAGUGGAAAGCAUUGACGUCAAAACCGCGGGCAGAGAGUUGAAAAUCAUUCGAACAGAAAGUUUGCGUCUCAUUAUUUGCUUGUUCUAACAAAAACUCAAGGUUAGGUAUCACCUUGGCCGCUAUAACCACUACAUCCGGACGCGAAAGCACCUCUUUUUCAUAUAACAGCCAACAUGAUCUCGGAGACGAUGUAUACUGUAGGCACGGGUGCCGUAUUUGGGGCGGCACUGACGGCCUCGCGCGUCCAUCUUCCGUCAGUUAUUAUCAACCAGCUUCGACUUACAGAUUUCCACAUGAUGCAUGUUUUCGCGGCCGCACUAGGUUCAAGCGCAGCGGUCAUGUUCGUAUUGGAAAAACUUAAUAUUAUUCGAAGACCCAUUCGUCCAAGCUGCUCGCUGGGUAUCUUUUCGGAAUAUGACGGCAACCUGAUCGGCGGCGCAAUGGUCGGGGUCGGAAUGAGCCUCUCGGGUGCAUGUCCUGGUACUGUGCUUGUGCAGCUCGCCCAAGGUAUUCCAUCUGGGCGAGCAGCAGCGUUGGGAGCUCUACUGGGAGGAGUAGCUUACGUCAAGUGGCGGCAGACGUUGAAGAAAGGUUCCGGAGCAUCCAACGAAAAAGCAAAGGCAUCGAAGCGCACCAUCUCAGAAGUCUCGAAGACUCCCGAAGAGGUUCUAUACACGAUCCUAGGGCUUGGCGUUGUUGGUCUUAUCGCAUUGACGCGUCCUGAAGGAAAUGUGCCUCCUAACUUACCAGUACUUGGUGGCCUCUCCAUUGGUCUGGCCCAGGCUGCAUCUCUUCUACUUACAACUUUCCCACUCGGCGUAUCCACUGCGUACGAGGAGCUGGGACAGUACAUAGUGCGUGCUCUGGGCGACAAGGAUGUUGCACUACCAUCAUGGCCACCGAGGUCCACGAUCUUUGCGUUGGGUCUGAUAGGGGGAAGCAUGGCAUUUUCCACUCAAGUAGCGUCCAGCAGCUUAGUCGGGCCAGACUUGCAGAUACCAUCUUGGCAGGCCCUUGCUGGAGGGUUCAUCAUGUCAUUCGGUGCGAGGAUAGCGGGCGGCUGCACUUCCGGCCACGGCCUGUCUGGACUUGGUGCUCUAUCAUUCUCCAGUUUGAUUGCAGUGGCAGGGAUGUUCUCCGCUGGAAUACUGGUUCGGCAAGUGAUGUAGACAUGGAGACGAACAAUCUUUUUGGGCAAGAUGUUCAUGAAAAUUGGAAGUUGGAUUGUAUCAACAUGACCUAGUUUUACGACUUCUGACUUGUUAGAAAAU